AAUCUUUUCCGUUACUCACCUUCCCCAAACCCCUCUCUAUCUAAACGUGCCUUUCAUCAAGCACCUAGUGCGCAGACAUUUAAGCGCGCUUUUUGUUUUCAGAACUUGAAUCAAACACAAUUUUCAAUUUCUCAUCGUCGCAUUUUCCACACGCCGCACGCCACCAUGUUCGGAGCUCAACCAUCUUCGUCCCCCUUCGGAACCCCAUCUUCAACCCCAGCAUUCGGUACCCCAACUUUCGGUACUCCAUCUUCAACCCCAGCCUUCGGUACUCCAUCUUCAACCCCAGCCUUCGGUACUCCAUCUUCCACUCCUGCCUUCGGUACCCCUGGUUUCGGAACCCCAUCUUCAACCCCUGCAUUUGGAGCUUCUUCCACUUCCGCUUUCGGUGGUUCUUCCCUCUUCUCCACGCCAUUCUCUUCUCAACAACAACAACAACCGCAAACUCCACUCUUUCAACAACAAGCUUCUACUGGUUUCGGAUUUCAGAAUUCUUUGGCAACACCACAACCUACUUCAUUCCCAAAUUCCCAAUUGACUACUCAGAUGGCUAACGUUGCUCCAGUUCCAUUCUCUUUAGCCGAUCGUGAUAUUCAAGCAAUUGUUGAGGCUUAUAAGGAAGAUCCUGGAAACCCUAAGUACGCUUUUAAGCACUUGUUAUUCAGUGUAACAGAACCUCAGUUUAAGGCGAAGCCUGCUGGCGUUUCAGAUAUCAUGUGGGCGGAAGCUAUGGGGAAGCUUGAAGGUAUGGAAAGUGCUGAUAGAGAACGCCUUUGGCCACAACUUGUUCAAGGUUUUAAGGAUCUUUCCCAACGCCUUAAGAUCCAAGAUGAAGUCAUUGUCUCUGAUGCAGAGAGAUUAAGUGUAACCCAAAGCAAUGUUAAAAUGCUCCAAAGACAUUUUCAAGCUGAUACUCUUCCUUGGAUUCAAAGACUAAAACAGAAAGAACAGAUUCUUCAGCAACGUCUUUUAAGAGUGAUGAGAAUAGUGGAGGCGUUGGAGGGCAAAGGCUGCCGAAUUCCCUUAACAAAGGGAGAAGCUGAACUUGCCGAAAAAUUAGCCACAGUAACAAGACAGCUGAAAGGGUCUGGAGCAGAAUUAUCUAGAAGGGUACAAAGUCUACUCAGCGUGUCUCGCGUCAAGGCUAAUAGCAAUGGAUUUGGAAGCUCCGUUUAUCUUCCGGGCUCAACCAAAAUUCAUGAACAGAGUCUGGCUGACCUGCAGGAGGUUUUACAACAGCAGAUGGAUGCCAUAGCAAGACUUGGCAGUGUUCUGAAGCGAGAUGUACGGAAUACAGAGAUUAUGAUGGCUGAAGAAACAGGAACAACGGAAAAUGGAAAUUUAAUGUAAACUUGGUUAAGAAAAUUUGUAGUCUUAUUGCUUCAUAUUUGCAUUUGAUUUAUAAUUUUUUAUGUAUCUUGAUUUGGUAAUAUAGUAAGCACAAUAGUUUCUAGUAACACUUUUGGCAUAAUCCGCGGAGUAGUUUAACUUAAUCUAUUUGUGCUGUUUCUGUGGCUA